AUGGGGCUGUUGUCGGCCCACUUCCAGCCAAACCUGUGCAGUCCAGGCCUGCUCCUCAGACUCCAGGUCCUAGAGGCUGACUUCUGCUCUGUGCUCUCUAUCACAGCCAGGUUGUGUGGGGCCAACUUGGCAAUGGGAUAUUUCAGUAGUGGAUUAGCCUGGCAUGUUGAUCUCCCAACAGAUGACUACGCAGCCCUCUCAGAUGACAAGCAUUGGCACUUGGUCAUUCCCAUACAAUACGGCAGAGCGUGGUCUGCAGGCGAUGCGUUGAAGUCGGAUCGAUUUGGAUGCCUGUUGUUGUUGUUGUUGUUGACAAUGACAGCCUUUCUCCUCCCUCUUCAUCUGCUGUUACUGGCAGGUGCAGCGUGGGCCUCUCUGGAUGAAACGCGGCUGGUGAAGACACUGUUCACUGGGUACAAUAAGGUGGUGCGUCCUGUGGCUCACUUCACAGACCCAGUGGUGGUGACUGUGGGACUGCAGCUCAUUCAGCUCAUCAGUGUGGAUGAGGUGAACCAGAUUGUCAGCAGUAACGUGCGUCUCAAACAGCAAUGGAAAGAUGUGAACUUACAGUGGAACCCUGAGGAUUAUGGGGGAAUCAAAAAGGUCAGAGUUCCCUCCACUGACAUUUGGAGGCCUGAUCUGGUCCUCUACAACAAUGCGGACGGAGACUUUGCCAUCGUUCACGAGACCAAAGUGUUAUUGGAGCACACGGGGAUGAUCACAUGGAACCCUCCCGCUAUCUUCAAGAGCUACUGCGAGAUCAUUGUGCUGCACUUUCCCUUCGACCUGCAGAACUGUAGCAUGAAGCUCGGCACCUGGACCUACGACGGCAAUCUGGUCGUCAUAAACCCGGACAGUGACCGCCCCGAUCUGAGCCACUUCAUGGAGAGUGGGGAGUGGGUGAUGAAGGACUUCCGCAGCUGGAAGCACCAGGUGUUUUACUCGUGCUGCCCGGACACUCCUUACCUGGACAUCACGUACCACUUCCUCAUGCUGCGGCUGCCUCUCUACUUCAUCGUCAACGUCAUCAUCCCGUGCAUGCUCUUCUCCUUCCUCACCGGCCUGGUCUUCUACCUGCCCACCGACUCAGGUGAGAAGAUGACCUUGUCCAUCUCUGUUCUACUGUCCCUGACCGUCUUCCUGCUGGUUAUUGUGGAGCUCAUCCCCUCCACCUCCAGUGCAGUGCCGCUCAUCGGGAAAUACAUGCUCUUCACCAUGGUCUUCGUCAUCGCGUCUAUUAUUAUCACGGUCAUCGUGAUCAACACCCACCACCGCUCCCCCAGCACGCACACCAUGCCCGGGUGGGUGCGCAAGGUUUUCAUUGAGACAAUCCCCAACGUCAUGUUCUUCUCAACAAUGAAGCGUCCAGGAAAAGAGAAGCAGAUCAGAAACAUAUACGGUGCAGACUUUGACAUAUCAGACAUCUCUGGUAACCAGGCAACCUCUGUGCCCUACCACUCCCCCAUCACCAAGAACCCAGACGUACGCAGCGCCAUAGAGGGGGUCAAGUACAUCGCAGAGACCAUGAAGUCAGAUGAGGAGUCCAAUAAUGCAGCGGAGGAGUGGAAGUUUGUCGCCAUGGUGCUGGACCACAUUCUGCUCUGUGUCUUCAUGGCCGUGUGUCUUAUUGGCACAUUGGGUGUGUUCGCUGGUCGUCUCAUUGAGCUCAGCCUCCUUUGA